AUGACUGAUUUUUACAACCUGGUUCCUUCCGCUCCCGAAGGCCGCUAUGACGGCGUUGAGCGGCCUUACAGCCCGGCAGACGUUCAGAAGCUUCGCGGCUCGGUCAGCAUCAAGCACAGCCUCGCCGAAAUGGGCGCCAACCGGUUGUGGAAGCUGAUCCACGAGGAAGACUUCGUCAAUUCGCUGGGCGCCAUGACCGGCAACCAGGCCAUGCAGCAGGUUCGUGCAGGCCUCAAGGCAAUCUACCUCUCGGGCUGGCAGGUUGCAGCUGACUCCAACACCGCCUCGUCGAUGUAUCCCGACCAGUCGCUCUAUCCUGCCAAUGCAGCGCCAGAGCUUGCCAAGCGCAUCAACCGCACACUGCAGCGCGCUGACCAGAUCGAAACCGCUGAAGGCAACGGCCUGUCGGUCGACACCUGGUUCGCGCCGAUCGUUGCAGAUGCCGAAGCCGGCUUCGGCGGCCCGCUCAACGCAUUCGAAAUCAUGAAGGCCUUCAUCGAGGCCGGCGUUUCCGGCGUUCACUAUGAAGACCAGCUGGCCUCGGAAAAGAAGUGCGGCCAUCUCGGCGGCAAGGUUCUGAUCCCGACCGCGGCUCAUAUCCGCAACCUCAACGCAGCACGUCUUGCUGCCGACGUUAUGGGUACGCCGACACUUGCCGCACCAUCGAGGGCUUUUACAACAUCAAGAACGGCCUCGACUCCUGCAUUGCCCGUGCGGUUGCCUAUGCACCGCAUUGCGACCUGA